AAUUACUUUCGGGUUUCGUUCUCGAUAUUAGCAUAUAUUACACAUGUAGUUUCACAAUAGACUCGCCAUUUCGCACUAUAUUUUGGAGAAAUAAAACAAUUAUUAAAAAAAAUAGGGUAGAAGAAUUUAUCGUCUCGAUAUCCAACCCUCACCAACCAGGCGCCAUCAUUCACGAUUUAGUGCUUCGCUGUUUCGCACGUUGCUUUUAGCAUUAAAAUUAAAUUAGCGUUUCUUUUGCGUGUUAAAAGUAUAUCAUCGGUUUUAAACCAUGCCGAAACGAAAAAGUGAUGAAGAUGAUUACGAUUAUCUUGAAAAACAGUUACGAAAAUUAAAACGUAGAAUUAAAAGUAGGCGUAACCGCCGUCGUGAUAGUUCUUUGUCUUCGUGUAGUGAUGGUGUUUCGCUUCAUGACCCGCGGGAAUGCGAAUCAAUCGCCAACGUUGACAAUGACGUCAUCGAACCCGAACCGGGGUGUUCCUAUUGGAACGAUUACUGGCCGGUACCGGACCCAAGCGACGGCGUCGAUGAUUUCGAACACCCCGCGCCUGCCGCGGCCAAGUCGCCGCCUCCCGUUGCCGCCGCCGUACCUGUACUUACUACCACCGCCGCAACCUUGCCGUCCGCUGUCGUAGUUACCGGGCAGUCGCUUGCCCCUGCUUCAGUGCCGGCGCUCACCGCUGGCGCUAUACCUCCACUUGUUGAUGCUGCCGCGCUUUUAGAGGCACAGCAGCUGGCACAAGCAGCAGUUGAAACACCAAAUGCGACUAUUGACCCGGAUUUGUUAGCAAUACUAGGCGAAGACCCAACUGUCAUAAAAGAAUACGGUGACGAUAUACAGAGUGACCUGGCAAUCAGAUUAAAUCAUUUGGCCACUUCAGGUCUUACUAAAGAGAGCCGCGCAGAGAUUAAAGAUAAAUAUCUGAUCCCCGGAAAUUGUAAAAUGAUUAAGGCUCCAACUCUUAAUCCAGAGAUACGAGCAUCCUUGAUUGAAAGCCAGGCCAAACGUGACAAAGGUAUAGAAAAUAAGCAGGUUUUAAACUCCUGCGCUUUGUCGUCUCUCAGUAAAGCUAUCACACUUCUUAUUACAUCUGACAGCAAAAACCAGGAAGUCCUUAGAUUAUUAAUGGAUACAGCGCGAAUCUUAAGUGACAUACAACAUAGUGAUUCAAUGUUACGCAGAUUUUUUAUUCUGUCAACGGUGAAAAAAGAGCUGAAAGAUCAACUAGAGAAGACGAAAAUUGAAGAUUUACUUUUCGGCAGCAAUUUGGUGGAAACCUUGAAGUCAGCAAAAACUAUUAGUAAAACCGGGGCAGAUAUGAGGUCCUCUGGACCUACAAAUACUAAGGAUGCGGAGCCUAAACAAACAAAAAUGAUAAACAAGGCUUUAAACGGACGAGGCCCCCCUGCAAAUCGCAGACCGCAUGCAUCGGGGGGGACUCGGAACUGGCGGUCGGCGAAUCCACCUGCGACUUCGAGGCAAACGACGACGAGGCACCGCAGCCACUCGAGGACAUCGCCGCGUCAUCAAUAUACACGUCACAGACGUUAGUCCUGGUAAUGCACGGUAAGCCUGCUAGGCGAUUUUCUCAUUUUCACCACGAGUGGACUACUAUCACUAACAACCCAGUCAUACUUGCUUUGAUAAAGGGUUCUGAAAAAUCUUUCACAUAACCAGUUAUUCAAACUGUCAUCCCCAAAGAACCAACAUAGGUAUUCGCAAUCUGAAUAUAAAUCAUUUGAAGAUUCUCAUUGCGAAUGUUAUGUCUUCCUUGCUGCUGUGCUGUGUCAUUAUGUGUUUUUUGUAUCGAAAAAUACAUUUCAAGUAUUUUUCCUUAUACCUAAACCUAAGCAUUUAAUUUAAUACUAAAUUUAAAACACAGCAUUUAAAAAUUAGAAAGGCAAUAAACAGUUAUGUAAGCAAAAUAGUAGCGAUGAUAAUUCCUCGGAGACUUACACAGAUGUCUCAACAACGGGGUGGGGAGCAGCUUGUGGAUAUGAUACAGCUAGUGAUCUAUGGGAUAAACAUGAAAGCUCCUUAUAUAUAGAUUGCCUCGAGAUUCUGGCAGCCUUCAUAGGGCUUAAAGUUUUUUUUUUUUUUUCAAAUAUUUCUGCGCAUAGAAUAUGUUCCCUUUCUUCAAGAGACUGUUUAUUUCGAAAUCCUUUGAUUUCCCGACCUUACGAUGAAUUAAUUAUUUUUCAUUGUAGCGAUCGUGCAAUUCAUCGCUGGAUUACGCUGGUUGUCGGGAAGCUAUUCGGACGUCGCUACUUCUUAGGGGAGUCCCAGAACCAUCUAUUCCUACAAUUAUAGCGUCUCUUUCAGACAACACACUCAAACAGUACGAUACUUGUUUUAAAAAAUGGUUCUCAUACUGCAAAGAGAAGGGCAUUAAUGUUUAUAAGGCAUCAGAACUUGAAGUUUUAAGUUUUCUAACGUAUGUCUAUGAAAGAGGCGCUAGGUAUGGUACCAUCAAUAGCUGCAGAUCAGCAUUGUCCUUGUUAUUUAAUCAAGAUGUAACUAACAAUGAUUUAAUCAAGCGAUUCCUUAAAGGUGUAUUUCGU